GCUACCUCGCUGAAGUGUGUUCCCGCAAUCGCGAAAUUUAUCCAGCCCGGUGCUUUUGUAUAUAAAUCCCACUACGAGGAGUGCGUGUUGACUUGGAGAAUGCAUCUACUCGUAUUUUUAUCUCUGGGGACCUUCCUGUGCUCUGCACUCGCCGCUGCUCCUGAGUGGGGUCAAUGUGGUGGCAUUGGAUGGACAGGAGAUACCACUUGCGUUAGCGGCACAGUUUGCACAAUUCUCAACGAUUGGUAUUAUCAAUGUCUGCCCGGAACGGCCACAUCGACAAUCGUUUCUACUACAUCAACAACCGUUUCUACCACUUCUCUCACAAUUACUGCGUCAAGCACUGCUUUGCCAUCUCCUACCGGUUUUGUAACAACCUCAGGUACAGAGUUCCGCCUUAACGGUGCCAAAUUCACUGUUUUUGGCGCCAACUCAUACUGGGUCGGGCUGAUGGGUUACAGCACCUCUGAUAUGAAUACUGCCUUCGCAGACAUCGCGGCUACAGGUGCCACUGCCGUCCGCACAUGGGGCUUCAAUGAAGUAACAAGUCCUAACGGAAUUUAUUACCAAAGCUGGUCUGGAAGUACGCCAACCGUCAACACAGGUUCUACAGGCCUUCAAAACUUUGAUGCUGUCGUUGCUGCUGCUGCUGCGAAUGGUCUACGGCUUAUUGUUGCCCUAACGAACAACUGGUCUGACUACGGCGGAAUGGACGUAUACGUUGACCAAAUUGUCGGAUCUGGCUCUGCGCACGAUUUAUUCUAUACCAACAGUGCUGUCAUAUCUGCCUACAAGAAUUAUGUCAACACUUUUGUCUCGCGCUAUGUCAACGAACCCACCAUUUUAGCUUGGGAACUUGCAAAUGAACCUAGGUGCGCGGGAAGCUCGGGAAUAACGUCAGGAUCAUGCACUACAACGACCAUCACAGAAUGGGCCACAGAAAUUUCGGCGUAUAUCAAGUCGAUCGAUUCCAACCAUCUGGUUGCGAUAGGAGAUGAGGGAUUCUACAACGAACCUAGUGCACCAACUUAUCCAUAUCAAGGUGGUGAAGGCAUCGACUUCAAUGCAAAUUUAGCCAUUGGUAGCCUUGAUUUCGGUACAUUUCAUUCCUAUCCCAUCAGUUGGGGUCAAACCAGCGACCCUCAAGGAUGGGGCACGCAAUGGAUCGCUGAUCAUGCAACGUCGAUGACGGCUGCCGGAAAACCCGUGAUCAUAGAGGAGUUUGGAGUUACCAGCAACCAGGAUACUGUUUACACCGCCUGGUAUCAGGAAGUUGUCUCUUCGGGUCUUACUGGCGCUCUUAUCUGGCAAGCUGGUUCUUAUUUAUCAUCCGGAAGUACCCCGGACGACGGAUAUGCCAUUUAUCCUGGCGAUCCCGUAUAUGCACUAGAAACCUCCUAUGCGGCUAUAUUGAAAGCUCGAGCGUAAAAUCGAGCGGCUUGCCCUGAUUUGAUUAGUAAAAUAUAAAAAUAGUAUCGUUGUCACGAUACCUUGAACCUGACACGUCAACUUCAUUUUGCUCUUCCGCGUACUUCGUACUUUAAGGGUAUAAUCAGUCAACAAAGGGCAUAAAGUGACAUUAAUGGAAGAUAUUGACUGGGGAUUGCUCUCAUCGUAUGCCGGGUUGUUGACAUUAGCGAGUACGUCUAUAUACCUGGGCUCUUUUGGCUCUCUGCCUAAU